GUCCCUCAAGGAGAGAGGUGGUGAGAAGGUAUGAAGGAGAAGUGGAGGCGGAAACGUGAAGAAGACAGAAGAGGACAAAGACAAGGUGGAAUGAGACCAUCAUGAGGGUUGAAGUUUGCUGCCUGCUGGUUGCUGGUUGCCUGUUGGUGGGAAGCUGGGAAGGGAUUGCAGGCACUGCAGGAUUGAUCAGCCCGUACAUAAGUCACUAUGAGGGGAUCGCAUACGACAAGGAGGAUCUCCACAGGAAGCACCUACGAGCCCGGAGAGCCGCACAACCUCAGAGACGCACGCUGGACUUGGACUUUACUGCUUUUCACAGAACAUUCCGCUUGCGCCUGAGACGAGCCUCCCAGGAGUUCUCCAGCGACUUUGAGGUGAUCAGUGAAGAUGGCGGCGCGGCGCCCGACCUCUCGCACUUAUAUUCAGGCACCCUGGAAGGGGAAGACGGUUCAACGUGUCAUGGAUCGGUGUUACAGGGCCAGUUUGAAGGAACCAUCCGCACGCUCAACGCCACUUAUCACGUGGAAGCGGCCCACAGAUACAACAUCAUCCAUCACCACUCCAUCAUCUAUCGUGAAGAUGACAUGGUCCUCCCAACGAGACAAACUGGACUUGCACCUGGAUUCUGUGGUGUUGAACAUCUAAAUGUACUUGCCCAAAGCCUAAAACUCCAUGAGGAGGCAGCAGUAAGCCGUGGGAGGAGAACGGCAGAGGAGGCCAAGAUCACCUGCUUGCUGCACCUCACCGCCGACCACCUCUACUUCAAGAAGUUUAAGUCCAUGAAAGCAGUUGUUGCUCAGGUGGCGUCAUACAUGCGUGCUGUUAAUGACAUAUACGACAAAGUGGAGUUCGAUGGCAUCAAGCUGAUCCACUUUCAAGUGAAAGCCCUCACUGUGAUGACAGAGGAGAACAAAAAGGAUCCUCUGCAUCCUCUCUACAUCGGACCAGAGAAGCUUCUGAGUCUCUACUCGGAAAACAACUGGGGCAACUUCUGCCUGUCCUACCUGCUCACCAACCGAGACUACAGCGGAGUGCUGGGCCUCGCCUGGGAGGGCAAGCCUGGAAACUGGGGAGGAAUCUGUUCAAAAUACACCACCCUACGUAACGGCCGCCAGUCCUCCCUGAACACGGGCCUGGUCACCAUUCAGAACUACGGACAGUUCCUUCCGCCCCGGCACGUCCAGCUGACCUUCGCUCACGAACUCGGACACAGUCUAGGCUCUCCGCACGAUGAAGGCUCUAAUUGUGGCAGCCUGGGCUCGUCUGGUGGAAAGGGCAGGUACCUGAUGUUCCCUCACGCCACAGACGAGGUGCGUGAAAACAAUGACAAACUGUCCACCUGCAGCAUCCAGCACAUAAGUGAGCUCCUGCGCACCAAGAAGGACGACUGCUUUGUGGUCAGCGAUCAGCCCAUAUGUGGCAACCAGAUGGUGGAGGAAGGUGAGGAGUGCGAUGUGGGUCACGAUGACACCGACCUCUGCUGCUACAGCGCUAAACAGGCUGUAGGGGUUCAAUGCCGCCUCAAGCCUGGUAAAAUCUGCAGUCCCAGUCAAGGUCUCUGUUGCAGUGAGGACUGCAUCUUCAAGUCCAAGGAUGAAAGCUGUGAUGAAGAGACAGACUGUCAGAGGGAGGCUGUCUGUUCAGGUGUUUCGUCUCUGUGCCCAGAGCCAAAGCCCAAGGAAAACUUCACCAUCUGCAGUCACGGUACACGUGUCUGCCUGAAUGGGGUCUGUGCUGCGUCUGUGUGCCUGAAACACGAUUUGGAGCAGUGCGACUGUCCUGGUGACUCCAAGAAGGAGAAAUGCCACAUGUGCUGCCAGCAACCUGGUACACCUGGGACAUGUGCAAGCACCACCUCCUCUGUCUUGUCCCGUCACUUCCAGAGAAAGGCCUUGCCCCUGGUGGGCGGGGCGCCGUGCAUGGCCAACCAGGGUUACUGCGACAAAUUUCAACUUUGCCGUCUGCUGGACGCGGAUGGGCCCAUUGCCAGACUAAAGAACUCUUUCCUUCAUCUGGACAAGUAUGAAGAUCUGGGAGAGUGGAUGAAGGCUCACUGGUGGGCCAUCAUGUUGGCUAUCCUGACACUGUGUGCCAUCAUGGGCUGCACAGUCUGCCUCUGUGGACAACCUCUGGAUACCAGAAACCGGGACUGACCCAUCUCUCAGACCACAGACAUGGAACUGACGUGGCUUCCUGGGACCUCACGCUGCUUUUUGGUUACAUGUUGCUCUUCUCUGUCUUUUUUCUGUAUAUUUCCUUAAAUUUUCCUUGUUCUUACUUCUUUUUCUCCCUCUCCAGUCACCAUCAGCAUAU